ACUUAACGUAGUAUGGCCGUCGUCGGGAGGUAUUCACAGUUUUACUUCCACAAAGAAUACGCGAUAAACAUUGCACAGAGCGAUAUAAGAAGGACAUUUUUUAAUAAAUACUUUACGCGAGUGAGAUAAACAAUAAAACAUAGUGUUCGAACGAGUUGAAACAACGUGUAAAUCCGCGACCUCCUUUAUUCGCUAUUUUUACAGUUUUCUCCUAAAUAUCAUUCAAAAUGUGGUUGAUCAGUCAGGCGAAUUCUGUGAUUUUGCAAAUCAAAGCGGAUCCCAACUCCAUUGGACAGGAUUGCCUGGAAAAGGUCUGCGAAAAAUUGGAGAUUGGCGCUGAAGCUGACUACUUCGGACUCCGUGUGAGCCCCGCCUCCGGUCCAUCGAGGUGGCUUAACCUGAGAAACCCGUUAGACCCUCACCGAAUAUCCGGAGGGCGAUUAGACCUGAGAGUUAAAUUCUGGGUGCCACCGCACCUUCUUAUCAACGAACCCACACGCCACCAAUUCUACCUCCACGCCAAACUCGAUCUAACUGAAGGAAGAUUGGUCGUCGCAGAUCUUGAAGUCGCUAGACGCAUUGUAGCUUACAUAGCUCAGGCAGAAACAGGGGACUGCGACCCCGAUGUACCUCCGAUGCACAUUUACGAAGAAUGCGAAAAAAUAGGACCACAAGGCGAGAAACCUGAGGAUCACAUAGACAAAAUCAUAGAGUAUCAUUGCGAAUUAGCUGGCAUGAGGGAAUCGCAGGCGGAAUACAGAGUAUUGAAAGAAAUUUCGAAUUUAGAAUCGUUUGGCGAAGAAUUGUUUUUCUGCAAGCCGGUGACACAGAGUAACAACGCUCAUAAUCUGUAUAGUCAUUUGUUGUACCAUAGACAAGUUGAGGAGCCCAGAGCUAGGGAUGAGCAGGAGAUAGAUGGUGGGGAUACAGUGGGUUGUCUGGCGAGUGGGCAGAAGGUGGGGGGGUGUGGGUGUCGGCUGAGCACCAGCGUGGGAGUGGGGCCUCAUGGGAUCGUGGUGUAUAGACCAGCGUGCAACGGAGAGCAAGAGAUUGGUGUGGAAAAACAGAGCAUCCCAUACACAGCUAUCAACCGCGCACAACCACUCCGACGCAUCUUCCAGCUCUCAUACGUCACCAGCGAAGGGAACGAGGCGACUUUGCACGUCAAGAUGGCGACGUCCGGCCAGGCGGCCGCGCUGUACCGCGCCGUGACGGAGAAGCACGCCUUCUACUGCUGCGAGACUGUCAGGAGUGACGUCACGGAGCAGUUCAUCAGGGAUUUGAAGGGCACAAUAGCGUCCAUAUUCAACGACUCGUCGACGUUAGGGCGGCGGUACGUGUUCGACAUCCGGCGCACGUGCCGCGAGGUGCACGACCGCGCGCGCCGCGCCGCGCACCUCGCCGCGCACCACGAGCCGCGCCCCAGGAGGCGCUCCAGCGCUUCCACUGACGCUAAAGAGUCUCGCUCCAGGUCUAGAAGCGCCGGCGAGACGCUGGCCUGCCGCGUGUGUAUGGACAACGCCAUGGACACCCUGUUCCUGCCAUGCAGACACGUGGUCUGCUGCGAGGAGUGCGCUCCAAGAUGUGAUCGAUGCCCUCUAUGCAGAAGUGAAAUAGAAAACUCGAUGCACAUAUUCCUACCCGUGGAAUACCAGAAGAAUCCCGGAGUCAUCAUCAAAUGAUCUUCGUCUAUCACAAAGGGAUGAUGACUUCUCGACAAAUCCGAUCCGGGCUAAAUUCCUGAGGAUUUUCGUCUGAAAUGUUACUGGCGACCAUAUAUUGGCGAAUAGGCAGUUUGUCUAUGGUUUCGAAAUGUAUGUGGUGAAGUGUGCGAGUAGUUUUGGCGGGAAAGUGACCUUACACAGACUAAAUAGGUGUGAGUGUGAUUGAUUAUGUCUAGUCAGAACUCUUUGGACCAUGGUCCUUUAUGAAGUGCAUUUUUUUUAUUUCUGUACUUGGGAUUGUUUCUUUUAUUUUCUCUAAACCUGCAUUCCAAUGUGAGAGUUUGCAAUGAUGUAAUUGUUUAUUGGUACUUAUUCAUUAGGUUUAAAUCCUUUGGUCACUAUACACCAACUGUUUUUAUUUUAAUUGGUGACAAGAGAAAAAUGUUAGGUUAGUGGGACCAAGGAUAAUAACAUUUGUCUUAAAUCAAAAAAAAAUGACAGAAAAAUGUGAAAAAAAAAAACAAUCCUUCGUUUUAGAAGGUGAUGUAGGUAUAUUACUGCAAAAUUCGACAGUCACUUGUGUGGCUUUAUUGUUGUGAUUAAUUACUUUUCUAAACAAUUCGUCGUUAAUUGGUAAAAUAACUGUCUAAAUAAAAUUAAUUUAAAAAUGCGAUGUAGCAUGAUGCGUUUGUAGACUUGAGACAAUAAUUUUCUAUUAGAAAAACCAAUUUAAUGGUAAUUAAGUAUAAAAUACAGUUUGAAAUGCAACAUGCUCCAUUGUAUUAAGUACGAAAUAAGUGUAAAACAUUGCAUUUUCUUCAAUUCUUGCCUUUUCAAAACACUACCAGUUUAUUUUAAUUUUUCUUUCUUUUUUCUUCGUAACAAUGUAAGAGUUAAUUAUUUUAAGUUGAAAUCGUAAGACCUGUGGUCUGUAAGUUAUUAACAUUUAAAAUAACAAAAAUAAAAAGUAAUACAUAUUUUAACUA